AUGAAUAGUUCUUGGUUUAUAUUGUGCCUUCUGCUAUUGACUAUCAGGCCAACAGUUGGAACAGAUAGUUCGGCUAUGGUGCAACUACUAAGAAGCAUUAAAGAACAAGAUAAUUUUAACUAUUUGUUGUUAAUGAAAUAUCACAAUUCCAAUGCUUCAGAAAAACUAAUAACCGACUUUGGGGAUAACUCUUUCGUCAAAAGCCUUAUGGAUAAUCUGCAGAUACCCGUUAUGCAAUUUGAUGAGCGUGUUACCUAUUUCCUGAAUGACAAUCACAGCAAUCAUGUGUUGUCUGUGGUUUACUUAGUCGGAACGGACCUGAGCGACAACGAAAUUCUAAUAAAGGCACUGGUUGCCAAUUUGCGACUUAUGACGACAUCACGCGUGGUAUUCAUAGUGCAAAUGAGUGAACCUAAUGAGCCGUUUCUAUAUAAAUUGUUCACAUAUUGCUGGAAAAUGCAGAUGCUGAAUGUGCUGGCGCUAUUCGAGGACUAUCGGACAACCAACACCUUUUAUAGCUAUAAUCAAUUUCCCACAUUUCAAUUGGAGCAACGCAUAUAUAAACCAAGCUUGCCCAUCUAUCCCGAUCGUCUGAAUAAUCUUUACGGCUAUCAUGUGUCUAUAAUGAUUGGUGGUGCUAGCCCUCGCAUUAUAAUCUACUACAAUAAACAAGGUGGUAUUGUAUAUAAAGGCACAUUGGGACACUUCAUUGAUGCCUUUCAACAAAGAUAUAAUUGCACUUUUACGCAACCGAGAGUAGCUAAGCCGAAUGUAUUAGUUCCUUCGACGGAUCUGGUGGUUGCCGUGCUCAAUGGCACCGUGGACAUAGGAAUGGCCGUUACGUUCCCCUAUCUAUUGAACAUGCGAACCUUUACAUAUCCUUAUGAGCAAUUGAAUUGGUGCUUGAUGCUGCCCAUCGAACCAGAUAUACCACCUGCAAUGUAUUAUUUGAAUGUUUUCCAGCUGGACUCAUUUUUACUGACUCUCGCUGUCUUGGUGGUAAUUUCCAUAACUCUUUCAUUGCUUCUAAAACACAACGGCUAUGAUGUGCAACUUUAUGAGUUUAUAUUACAUGACAAUUGCCUGAGAGGAGCUCUGGGACAAUCCUUCCAUGAGCUUCGUAAUGUAUCGAUUCAGGUGCGCUCGAUUUAUAUACAGAUCUGCAUAUUGGGUUUUCUGCUCACUGCCUGGUACAACUCGUACUUCUCUGCUUAUGUGACCAGUACGCCAAAGGAGCUGCCCUAUCAGAGCUACGAUGAUAUCUUGGCCUCCAAUGUAAAAAUUGUCGCUUGGGAACCGGAGUAUAAUGAGCUUAUCGGACGAGCGGUCGCCUUUCGAAAAUAUGAACGGAUGUUUCAUAUUGAGCGUAGUUUUGAUAAAUUCAUAAGUAUGCGUGAUUCCUUAAAUACUUCGUAUGGCUACGUGAUGACCUCCACCAAGUGGGUUGUCAUUAAUGAGCAACAGAAUAUCUUUAGCAAGCCGCUAUUUCGGAUGCGCGAUGAUUUCUGUUUCUUUAAAAAUAUACCACUCGGAUUUCCAGUGCGUGAAAAUUCCGUAUAUAAGCAGCCCCUACAAAAACUCAUUCUGGAACUAUCCGAAAUGGGCUUGUAUUCCUAUUGGACGUCGAAAGGAUAUUCGGAGCAGGUUGAAGCAGGUGAAAUGAAGUUCCUUGAUUUAAGUGGACGCAGAGAAUUUCGCGCGAUGCAGUUGCAAGAUCUGCAAUACGUUUGGUAUGGAUUCGCUUUCAUGAUGGUGUUUUCUUCAUCUGUUUGGUUACUUGAAUUGUUUACAAAUUGGCUAACACGUCGAAAUCAUAAUCGAACUCAAGACUUGCCAAACUAAUACAGAUAUUUGAUGUUUUUUUUAAGUGUACUUUCUAUUCGAGUUGACAUUCAUCUAUGCUCUGUUGAUUUUCUUUUAUAUUUCUUAUCAAUUUCUGGAAAUAUCUAUUCUGUCUAAAUGAUUUCAAAAUUCAGCCAACCUUCUAUUAGUUGGUUAAGUGACCCACUAAACAACGAGGAUCUGUCUUUGAGUUUGUAGGCUACUGUAUCAAUGUAUAAAUAUAUUAGAUCGAUGGUGUUGUUUACAAUUUACG